ACAUUGGUACGGUCAAUAUUAUCUCCAGUUUGUUAAAUAUUUGUCAUCGAUCAACUUAUGCAAAUCACUAUGCAUUAAUUUAUUCAACAGCUUAUAUAGAAUUUAUAACUUCUUAUGAUAUAAUAAAUCAUGAAACCGGCAAACAUAUUUUCAGACUUACUAAACAACCGCAAGUUAAAAACUUUUCAAAGGAGAAAAAAAAUUAACAAACACGGAUACACUGAAAGAAGUGUGAAAACUAUCAUAAAUUUUCUAAAAUGACAUUUUGAACAAUUUUUUUAAAAGAAGUAUAUCAAACGUGGGUAUACGCAGAAAACAAUUUUUCAUUCAGUGGACAGUGAUACAUUGACGGGAGUGUAAUAUCAUUUGAAAUUUUUGCGAUAAAAGUGGACGUUUAGGACAUGAUAUGAUUUAAUACUGCCAAGGCAAUUAUUCCUUUCAAAACAUGGAGGUAACGGAAUUGUCACACUUUCAUGAGCCCGAGAUGCGAGGGUACCGACUGUUAGAAAAGGAAGCAGAAGAUGUUGUACGGUGCGUGAAAUAUGACAGAGAGGAAGAUGUGGUUCGUUUAUUAUUAAAGAAUGAUCGGGAUUCGAGGGAAAUUUGUACAAUAAUUGUGCAAGAUGGUAGCACUGCUCUGCAUGCAAUGGCACAACAAUCUAGACCCCAAAUUCUUCAGUUACUUCUUGACCUUGGGGUGAACAUUAACGCCAGAAAUAAUGAAGGCAAGACGGCCCUACAGAUGGCGCUGUUGUACAACAAUCUACUUGCUGCUCGCAUGCUUAUUGACAGCGGUGCUGAUAUAAACGAGACACUUUCUAAACGUACAGGAAUGUCGUUAUUACAUAAACUUGUAAUGAGAGACAAUCUGCAGGGUACGCAUCUUUUGGUUGAACGUGGUGCCCUCGUUAACGCUCGUGACAUGGCUGGAAGAACGCCCCUACAUUUAACGCUGCUAAGGAAUAGUGCUAAAAUGACUCAGUAUUUAAUCGAGAAAGGGGGAGAAGUAAACGCAAUUGAUGGUAACGGAGACAGUUUGUUACAUGUAGCUUUACAGUAUAGAAAUACAGACAUCACAAAACUACUUAUUCAAAAGGGAGCAGACGUAACAAUUAAAAAUAAACAAGGAAUGACGCCUUUGCAUUUAGCAGUUGAUGGACCUUUCGUAGACAUAACACGCAUUAUUCUAAAAAAAAGUACAACUAAUGUGAACACAAAAGAAAAACUUAUGGGAAGAACUCCACUACAUUUAGCCUGUGCUCUAAACAACACGCAAAUUGUAAGAAUGUUGACAGAUCAUGGUGCCGAUGUAAAUCUGUCAACAACUUUUCGAAAGUCACCACUUCAUAUAACAGCAAAACACGGUGCAACUGAAACAGCCCAAUUGCUUAUCAGGCAGCAUGCCAAUGUUAAUAUGCUCACAACAGGAAAUAAAACGCCACUACACGAGGCAAUCGAAUACCAAAGUUUCAACAUCGGAACUUUACUAGUUCAAGCAGGAACAAAUAUCAACUUUCGGGAUCUUCAUGGAUUAACUCCCUUGCAUUAUGCUGUGAAUGCAGAUGCCUUAAGUUUCAUGACCUAUUUACUUCACCAGGGUGCAAUGAUUAAUGCACGAGACAAUAGACAAAAGACGGCACUUCAUCAUGCCGCCCAACUUGAUAGCCACGACAUAUGUAUGAUGCUUUUAAAAGCUGGCAUCGAUCGUGACUCACCAGAUGAGGAUAACAAGUUAGCGGAAUUCUACGCAACUUCCCCGCAAUUAAAAACUAUUCUCAAAGAAGGGCAUGAAUCUAAGAAAUCUGACAGCAAAAAAUCUCCAUCAAAACAAUAAGAAAAUUUUUAGUAACUGUGACUU